CUUUUUGUGUUGUCUUUUGAAAUCUCAGUCUUUUUAUUUUCUGUUACUUUUUAGAAGGCGGCUCAUUGUCACUGUAUUCUCUGGUUUCGUUGCAGGGGGAAUUUCAGGCCUUCCCUGAAACUAAUAGAGAAAGCUUAAUAACUCUCUCUCUCUCUCUAAAAGUACUCUCUCUCUCUCUCUCUCUCUCUCUCUCUCUUCUCAAAGCCGAGUAGCCCACGACCUACAUGCUUCUCUGGGUGGGUUACAGAGGAAUUUCAGGCCAUACCCCAAAGAUAAGAUAACCUUUUGAAGUUGAACUCCCUGUUACACCCCAUUUUCACUUUCCCUUCAGUUUUUCUCAAAUUUUUUUCUUGUAAUACGAUGAGUAAAAGUUCCCCUUGUUAAGAGCUUUUGCCUGUUCAUGGUGUCUUCCACAAUGUGCACGGAAAAGAGAGCAGGGACGGGCCAUUAGAUUAAUUUAUGCUUUGUUUAUAGCUUAGAAAUAGUUUAAGCUCAUUCAUGGAGAGAAAUGGCAAAAGGAGUGAACCUCAUAGCGCUGAUUUUGAAGAUUUAUGGACAAAACAGGGUAAAAAGCGGUAAACACAGAUUACAGUGAACUGAUGCUUUAUUGGUUUGUCGGAGGAUUUGCCAGUGAGUAUUUUCUUUGAAGCUUCUUCUGAAGUGUUCAUGAAAAAAAAUGGGAGAAAUGCUGAUAAAUGGAGGCAUUUGUUAAUCUAUCUUGUUCCUCUUUCUUCUUUAACACCAACUGUUAAAGCUUUUCCUUGUUAUUGAAUAUCUGAAGUGUUUCUCAGGAGAUCAGUAAAGGACCAGAUUUCUGUUAAAAGCUUAAACUGGUACUUUUUCCAGUUCUUCAUUCCUGAUAUUUCAGUAUUUCGGUGUGAAAUAAGUUUAGGUGAGGAAGUAAAAGGAAGGGCGCUUAUUCCAUGGAAUUUUUCUCUUCUCAUUAUGGGAAGCACAUUAUGAUUCUGAAGAGUCAAGACUAUAGGGUUUGCAGGUUGAUGUCGAGCUUUAAUGGAUGCUUAAAGUGAAUACUCGAUGAUUUAGGGUUAAAAAAGAGAUUGUGUUGAUCCUUUAUGCAAUUACGUGCAUUUUCAGUGUAAUCUCUGAUAGCUGUGUACUGUUUAAAGCUCCACUUUUAAUCUAGCUUCCUCAAAUGCUUUUAAGGAAAUUUUCGGGGAGAGAGCAAUUUGCAUGACCUGAAAUGAUUCUUACAGGCAUUUAUUGCAUGAUCUUGGAAACCAAGUGAUCAUACAUUAGUUUCUCUCUGUGGAGUCACUGUUUCUUUUGGAGCAGAAGUUAAAGAACGCAAGAUGAGCCCUUUACAGAAAACAAUCUUCCUCCUGCAGUUAUUCCUACUCUGUUACCUCUUCCCUCUAUGCCAAAGCCGAGAAACGUUAAGCUUUCACCAAUCAACUCCAUGGAAGAAAGCACUAUCACCUUCCUCAAAUCUCCAUGGCAACAGAAGCCAACCCAAAAGAAUUGCCUUAGGUGUCCUCUUAGGCACAAUAACUGGUUUUUUAUCAGCUGUACUUGUUGCAACUUUCAUCAGAAUCUCUAUCUUCUAUCUUAGUAGAACCCCAAUUCUCAAAGGACCUGUUAUUUUUUCCCCAAAAAUAACCUCAAAAACCAUAAUCUCUCUCAUUCAAGAGAACCCACUACCAGACUGCAAUCUCAUUGGUUCGAACUCCAAUGGCAAGUACUACAAAGCUCAUCUUGAAAAUGGCAGUGGACCUCUAAUUGCCAUUAAAAAGAUCGAAACCCAACAAAAGAGCGAGCCCAAAUCCACCAAGAGAUUGAUGCAGCAAGAGCUUGAGGUUCUUGGCCGCCUAAAACACAGAAACAUCUUGAGCUUACGAGCAUAUAUUCAUGAAUCAAAUGGGUUCUUCUUGUUUUAUGAUUACAUGCCAAAUGGUAGCCUUGAAGAGGUCAUGAAAAAGGUCAGGUCAAACCAGUUGCAACUUAGCUGGGAAGUUAGGCAUAGAAUAGCAGUUGGGGUGAUCAAAGGGUUGCAGUAUCUUCACUUUGGGUGCAACCCUAGGGUUUUGCACUAUAAUUUGAAGCUUUCAAAUGUGAUCUUGGAUGAAGAGUUCGAGCCAAGACUUGGAGACUUAGGGCUGAUUAGAGUUUUACCAAAUUUGGGGAAAGUGGGUUCUGGUUAUACAGCUCCAGAGUACUUGCAAAGCUGUAGAUAUACAGAUAAGAGUGAUAUAUUUAGCUUUGGGGUUGUUUUAGCUGUGUUGUUAACUGGAAGGGACCCCAUGGACUCUGCUUUUGGAGAAGGGGGUGGGGGGAGCAUGAUGGGUCGGUGGCUUAGGCAACUACAACAAGUGGGUGAUGCUCGUGAAGGCCUGGACGAAGGGCUUGUUGGGGAGGAAGGAGAGGAAGAAGAGAUGCUUAUGGCCAUGAGAAUUGCAGUUGUUUGUCUAUCUGAUAUGCCUGCUGAUCGGCCAUCGAGUGAAGAAUUGGUGCCCAUGCUCACCCAGCUACACAGCUUCUGAAGAGUAUUUCCUGCAGAAGCGUGUGACACUGUUGGGGGAGAAGCCUGUGCAGCUGUCAUGUAUCCCGAAGUGAAGCCCAAAGCCCAAAGCACCACCAGCAAAGUGAAAACAGUCACAGAGGAAGUAGAGAGAGAAUAUCUCGAGUACAAUGAACCAAAGACUGUGUUCCCUAAUGAGGCGUGCGAUGACUUAGGAGGAGAAUUCUGCGAGGCCGAGUACCAGAAGGGAGUUUUCAAAGAGGAGGCCUCACCCAAGUGAGAGAAAAGGCAUGCUUGCUUCACUGCAUGUUGUAGCCUGUAAAUAUAACCAGAGAUGCAGAGAAGAAGGGCUUUUGUAUUAUUGCACGAAGUACUGUGAUUAAUCAGACAUGCUGCUUGCUUAAUAAUAAUUAUAGAGAUAAAUAUGUUCUAAGA